AUGAACCAGCUGUGCAAAGUGUGCGGUGAGCCUGCGGCUGGAUUUCAUUUUGGCGCAUUCACAUGUGAAGGUUGCAAGUCCUUCUUCGGUCGUACGUAUAACAACAUUUCCGCUAUCGCUGGUUGCAAAAACAAUGGUGAUUGCGUUAUCAAUAAGAAAAAUCGCACUGCUUGCAAAGCGUGUCGCCUGCGCAAGUGUCUGCUGGUAGGCAUGUCGAAGAGCGGAUCACGCUAUGGCCGCCGCUCCAAUUGGUUUAAAAUACACUGUUUGCUGCAAGAACAACAAAGCGUACCAGGCAAUGGCCCAGGCGGAGGCGGUGGCGGUGGCGGCGGCGGAAAUGGAAAUGGUGGCAGUGGCGGCAUGGGUGACAAUAAUACCAGCAGAGCCAGCUUCGAACAACUUGCGCGACUGCAUCAGUUACAAGCGCGACAAACAUACCAAGACAAAACUAAUCCCUGCAUAAAAUCAGCCAGCAUAUCACCGACAGCUUUGGCGCUCAGUGCUGCUGCAGCCGCCGCAGUCGCCGCCAACAGCCGAGGCUCACCGCAACCACCAACGCAACAUGCGCUACUAAGCAGCGCGGCGAAAUUUCUCAACGGCGUUGCGGACAGUGGGCGAAAUCACCAGAAUCAUCAUCAACAGCACCACCACCACCAGCAGCAUGGCCUGCAACAUGGCUUGCAACAUCAACUUCAUCAACACCACCAUCACUUACCCGCUUUCAGUUAUGGCAAAGCGGAAACGCGACUCAGCGACACACCCAGCGACUCGGGCGCCUCUUCCGCAGGCGAUGCGGUAGAUGACGCGCGCAGCAGUGUUUCAGGUCGUCAAGAGCGCAACUGCAGUUCAGCACAACAUCUUGCCUCUACAGCUUAUGACGAAUUGGAAGCGGCUGAGGCGCGAGAGCGACGCCACCAGCAGCUGCUACAAAUCUAUCGCUCGCACUCAGAGCCACUGCGCAGCGCUUUUCCGCAUUUCGCCUUGCCGCCACACAUAUCGCCACUAGGUGCACCGCCAAUUACAUCACUCUCCUCCGGUAGUCCGCCAGCGCAUCUCAUGCCAGCUGCGCUGAAGGAAGAAAUCAAACGUGUCAGCGAAGCUGCUGCAGCGGCGGCGGCUGCGGCAGCAGCAGCAGCAACAUCAAUUGGUUGCAUUGCUGCAAAUACGCAAGAAGAGCCCAUCGACUUGUCAUUGAAGGGGCGCGAAUUGGAAAAACAGUUGGCGGCAGCGGCGGCGGUGGCGGCGACGGCGCGCGAAAGCUUCGCCGAAAGCAUUACGGAUGGUGGAAAAAAUUCACUGAAAUCUACGACGCCGCCACACUCGACCGCCUCACCGUCUACACUGAGCAGCAGUGAGGCUACAGCGCUCGCGCAUGCUGUGAUACACAAGCCAAUGCCGUUGGAUCUGACGUUGGUACGCUCACAGACGCUAACGGGAUGA